UAGAUUUCAUGUAUCCAGAUGGUAAAACAGUGUUUGGGACUGGAUGGGAGAUUACAGAUGUUGGAACAUACUCUGUGGUAUCGAAAUCUGGAUUCGUUCCUGGUUAUUCUGCUGGGUUUGCCUUUGUACCAGAGUUCAAGCUAGGUGCUGUUGUCCUUGCCAGCGGUCGUGAGAUUGCCUGGAGGGUAGUACAAUCAAUCGUUGAGACAUUGGCUAAAACGAUGGAUGCAGUGUUGUUUAGCCAGCAACUCCAGAUUGAACUUCUCCCCAAUAAUGAACAGUACCUUGGUGAAUACGUAAUUGUGUCCCAGUGGAUUCCGGAAGUAAUUGUUAACAUUACCCAAGAAGACGGACUACUUCUGUUUACUCAACUCCCCGGCUCUCUCGGUUUUUCGUAUCUAAAGCCCAUUGCAGAGCACUCGUUUGAAGUCAUUUACAGAGCUGGAUUGGCAUGUAGCGUUUAUGGCCUAGGUCAGAAUCGAGAACGAGUCUUCUUCGAUCCACCGUCCUCAAAUGGAAAGAGUCCAGGCCUCAAGUUCGGUCCUUUCAUAUUCAAAAGAACGUUGCCUACGGCUAAGAGCGAUUUAAAGCCAAGAACUUCCAAUUUGAACUUAUCGCCUUCAGGCCUACUCUGACGUAAUAAUG